UCGUCCACUCUGAUCUGUGACGGAUCCUAAAUAUAAAUAACUUUGAAUCUCAUCAAUAGUUUGAUGGUUAGUUUCCUGUAAAACCACAUGGUUAACAACUUUAGUGUGGAUAGUGACUUUUUCUUCUUGUUUCUCCUUGUGUCCUUGGUUGAAUUUAAAGGUACUUAGGACAGAAUGUACAAUUGUUAUAUUUGUAGUGAGGUAUUAAGAUUGAUUGAAUUGAAGAUGGCCUUCUUGGUUAGUGAAGGUGUUUAAACGUCUUCUCUUACCAGGUCUUGUUCUCUGUGGGCCUCCAUCACAGAUCUGGUUGUGAUGUCAUACCACAUGAGGAAGUCCAUAUAUGAUCCUGCCUUCAGAGCGGUUUAACCAGCACAGGGAGCAGUUUGUAUGAUAUACCUUCUGUGUGGAAUGAUGAUACGUUAUUAAAUAGUGUAUUAGAAACGUCUGGGCAGAACCUCCUCAUCUCCCCUCGUUGAGGAUGACAGGGUCUGAAUCUGCGUCCAGGAAAGACCAGCCUGCCUCUCGCCCAAAGAGACAACAGUUCCCUGUGACCGGAAUACACAGCUCAUAUAAAAGCAGAGAAUACACACUGCGUGGCCGUAGGAACCUUAUGGAGCUGUGUUUGUCUCCAGGUCUCCAGUCUACUAUGGAUGAGGAGAGAGAGGAGGGGGGUCCUACCUCUAAGACCACUCUGUCUGGGGAACAUGGUCACCAUAGGAGAGCUAAGAGCCCAUAGCAGCAGCAGAGAGCAGACUCCCCUGGACCCAGCUGUGUCUCCAUGAAGAGUGACUGGUCUAUGGCACAACCUGUUAGGUCUAAAGAUAGAAAUCAGUAUAUUGGGAAAAGAGCCAAGCUGAAGAGAACUGUCUCCCCUGGACCCAGCUGUGUCUCCAUGAAGUGUGACUGGUCUAUGGAAUUACCUGUUGAUGGAAAUCAGUCUAUUGGGAAGAGCCCAGAGCAGCAGCAGAGAGCAGACUCCCCUGGACCCAGCUGUGUCUCCAUGAAGAGUGAGUGGUCUAUGGCUAGACCUCCUAGCUUUAAAGAUGGACGCCCCUCCAGAGAGGAGAGCCCAGAGCAGCAGCAGAGAGCAGAUUCCCCUGGACCCAGCUGUGUCUCCAUGAAGAGUGAGUGGUCUAUGGCUAGACCUCCCAACCUUAAAGAUGGACGCCCCUCCAGAGAGGAGAGCCCAGAGCAGCAGCAGAGAGCAGAUUCCCCUGGACCCAGCUGUGUCUCCAUGAAGAGUGAGUGGUCUAUGGCUAGACCUCCCAACCUUAAAGAUGGACGCCCCUCCAGAGAGGAGAGCCCAGAGCAGCAGCAAAGAGCAGUCUCCCCUGGACCCAGCUGUGUCUCCAUGAAGAGUGAGUGGUCUAUGGCUAGACCUCCCAACCUUAAAGAUGGACGCCCCUCCAGAGAGGAGAGACCCCAGGAGAGGUCAAAGGUUACCAGUGCUCAGUCUGUGCAGCAGCAUCAAACAGAGCUGAUCAAGAGGGCUGAGGAGAACGCACACGCUUUCCUAGACAAGGAGCUGAAGAAGCUCUGGAGGGUUCUCUUCCCAGAUUACCCACAAUGCUCAGAGAGUCAGAGGGAGGAGGAGGAGGUGGAUGGUAAGAAGGAGGAGCAGAGGAGGCGUGCCAUAGAGGGAGUGGUGGACAUCACAAAGCUCUGCCUGAUGGAGAUGAAGCAAGAGGAACUGGCCGACACACUGUGGAGAAGAUCUGCUGCUGUCAAGUGCCAACAUAAAAUCAAGUCGCAUUUGAAGAAUAAGUUCAGGUGUGUGUUUGAGGGAAUCGCUAAAGCAGGACAGCGAACAGAUCUGAAUGACUUCUACACAGAGCUCUUCAUCACAGAGAGAGGCAGUGGAGAGUUCAACCAGGAACAUGAGGUCAGACUGAUUGAAACAGCUUCCAGGAAACCAGAUGAGGAAAGACCAAUCAGAUGUGAGGACAUCUUUAAACCCUUACCUGGACAAGAUCAACCAAUCAGGACAAUAAUGACAACUGGAGUUGCCGGCAUUGGUAAAACAGUCUUAACACACAAGUUCACUCUGGACUGGGCAGAAGGCAAAACCAACCAGGACAUACACUUCACAUUUCUCCUCACUUUCAGAGAGCUGAAUUUACUGAAAGGGAAAGAGUUUAGCUUGGUGGAACUUCUUCAUCACUUCUUUAUUGAGACCCAAGAAGCAGGAAUCUGCAGAUACAACCGGUUCCAAGUUGUCUUCAUCUUGGAUGGACUUGAUGAGUGUCGACUUCCUCUGGACUUCCAGAGAAACCCGAUCUGGACUGAUGUCACAAAGUCCAUCUCGGUAGACGUGCUGCUGACAAACCUCAUCAGGGGCGUCCUGCUUCCCUCCGCUCGCGUCUGGAUAACCACACGCCCUGCGGCAGCCAAUCAGAUCCCUGCUGAGUGUGUUGACAUGGUGACAGAGGUGAGGGGGUUCACCGACCAGCAGAAGGAGGAGUACUUUAGGAAGAGAUUCAGAGAGGAGACGCUGGCCAGCACAAUCAUCUCCCACGUCAAAAAAUCACGAAGCCUCCACAUCAUGUGUCACAUCCCAGUCUUCUGUUGGAUCACUGCUACAGUUCUGGAGGACCUCUUCAAAACAUCCCAGAUAGGAGAAGAGAUUCCCAAGACUGUGACUCAGAUGUACAGCCAUUUCCUGAGGGUUCAGUCCAUACAGGGGGACAGGAAGUAUCAUGGGAGAGCUGAAACAGAUCCAGACUGGAGUUCAGAGAGCAGGGAGAUCAUUAUUUCGCUGGGAAAACUUGCUUUUAACCAGCUGGAGAGUGGCAACCUGAUCUUCUACGAGGCAGACCUGGCAGAGUGUGACAUCGAUAUCAGAGCAGCCUCAGUGUAUUCAGGAGUGUUCACCCAGAUCUUUAAAGAGGAAUGUGGGCUGUACCAGGAUAAGGUGUUCUGCUUUGUCCAUCUGAGCCUCCAGGAGUUUUUGGCUGCCCUUUAUGUCUUUCUGUUCUUCAUUGACACUGGGGUCAAUCUGCUCUCAGAAAAACCAACAACCUCUGGUGAAGAUGAACUCCUCCUUCUCUACAAGAGUGCUGUGGACAAGGCCUUACAGAGUGAGAAUGGACACCUGGACUUGUUCCUCCGCUUUCUCCUGGGCCUCUCUCUUGAGACCAAUCAGAAUCUCCUACGAGGUCUGCCGCGAAAAAAAGAAAGUAGAUCACUGAUCACUCGGUUUAAACAAAAUCAGCUGAGACAGAGAGGAAGGGGCUCACAGACCAUUCAGAAAACAGCGUCUUACAUCAAGGAGAAGAUAGGUGGAGAUCUCUCUCCAGAGAGAAGCAUCAACCUGUUCCACUGUCUGAAUGAGUUGAACGACCGUUCUCUAGUGGAGCAGAUCCAACGGUCCCUAACAUCAGGAUGUCUGAUCAAAAAACACCUCCCUCCUGAUCAGUGGUCAGCUCUGGUCUUCAUCUUACUGUCAUCAGAAGAGGAGCUGGACUUGUUUGACCUGAAGAAAUACUCUGCUUCAGAGGAGGGUCUUCUGAGGCUGCUGCCAGUGAUCAAAGCCUCCAAAACAUCUCUGCUGAAUGGCUGUCAGCUAUCAGAGAGAUGCUGUGAAGCUCUGGCCUCAGUCAUCAGCUCCAACUCCUCUAGUCUGAGAGAGCUGGACCUGAGUACCAAUGAUCUGCAGGAUUCAGGAGUGAAGCUGCUCUCUGCUGGACUGGGGAGUCCACACUGUACACUGGAAACUCUCAGGCUUAAUGGCUGUCAUCUGUCAGAGACAUGUUGUGAAGCUCUGGCCUCAGUUCUCAGCUCCAACUCCGCUAGUCUGAGAGAGCUGGACCUGAGUAACAAUGAUCUGCAGGAUUCGGGAGUGAAGCUGCUCUCUGCUGGACUGGGGAGUCCACACUGUACACUGGAAACUCUCAGCUUGUCUGGCUGCCUGGUCACACAGGAAGGCUGUGCUUCUCUGGCCUCAGCUCUGAGCUCCAACCCCUCCCAUCUGAGAGAGCUGGACCUGAGCUACAAUCAUCCAGGAUACUCAGGAGCUGCGCUGCUCUCUGCUGGACUGGAGGAUCCAUGCUGGAGACUGGACACUCUCAGUGUGGAGCACGGUGGAGUGUGGAGGCUGAAACCAGCUCUAAAGAAGUAUGCCUGUGAACUCACACUGGACCCAAACACAGCCCACAGAGAACUCUCUCUGUCUGAGGACAACAGAAAGGUGACGCGGGUUGCAAUGGUCCAGUCGUAUCCGGAUCACCCAGAGAGAUUUGAGUCCUCUCCCCAGGUGUUGUGUAAAGAGGGUCUGACUGGCCGCUGUUACUGGGAGGUAGAGUGUGUAGGAUUUGUUGCUAUGGGAGUGAUAUACAGCGGAAUCAUAAGGAGAGGAGGGGGUGUAGACAGCGAGCUUGGAAAGAACAACAAGUCCUGGCGUCUUCUUUGCGAUGUUGGUUGUUACGUUGCCAUGUACAACGGUAGAGGAACAGCCAUACGUCUACCCCCCCCUCACUCUUCCAGAGUAGGAGUGUAUCUGGACCGGCCUGCUGGCUCUCUGUCCUUCUACAGAGUGUCCCCGGUUGGUGGAGGGUCCUCAGACACACUGACACACAUCCACACCUUCCAGGCCUCCUUCACCCAGGAGGACCUCCUCCCUGCGUUUGGGUUAUGGGGGGCUGAGGUUGACUCAGCGUCUCAAGUUACACUGUGUAAGUUAUAGUCUCUCUCUCUCUCUCUCUCUCUCUCUCUCUCUCUCUCUCUCCGAGUCUGAGGACAUACAUGAAUACACACAUGCAUCUAUUAACGCACACACACGCAUAUAUUAACACAAACGCGUGUGCAUAUAUGACACACACAUGCAUAUAUAAACACAUACACAUAUGUACAGACACACACACAUAUUAAGACACGCAAACACACACACACAUAUAAACACAUGCUCGCACGCACACACACACACACACACACACACACACACACACACACACACACAUAAACACCCAUGCGUGCGCACACACAAAACGCUUAUAUAAACACACAUGACACGUGUAUAUGAACACACACACACAUAUAUGAACACAUACAUGUACAUAUGAACACACUCACCCGCGCACGCUCACACACACACAAAUACACAAAUUAUGUAAACACACACACACACACACAUGCAUAUGUAAACGCACACACACACACACACACACACACACACACAUAUAUAUAAACACUCAAAUAUACACAAACAUGCGCACAUACACAUGAAGUUAUGAACACACACACACACAUGCAGAUAUAAACACACACACAUACACGCAGAUAUGAACACACACACGCACGCAUGCAUUUGCAAUGAACACACACACACCCACACAGACUACACACACAUCUAUAUAUAAACACAAACACACACUCUGUGUUUCGUAAUUAAUAUUCAUGUACUCAUGUACGUUUUCUUCUUUUUUCUUCUUUUUUCUUCUGAAAGUUGAUUAAUUAUUGAUUGAUGGUAAAUCUAAACAUGUAUAUACUACAAUACUGUGUAUGUUUUCAGACGUUAAUAGUUUCAUACGGCACGGCUCUGAUAUCAGUUUAUAUUUUGAGCCUUUUUAAGCCUAACAUGAAACCUGACUUAAAGCAGGUUUAAUAUUAUAUUCAUAAUGCAAGCGGUCUGGGAAAAGCUGUUGAUCAUGUCGUGAUGACUUUAAACUGAGUAUUGAUUCUUGUGUUCUGAUGGGAACAACACAGCAGCAGAAUGUUUAUGAUUAGUAAUGCAUACCUGUUUAUAAUUAGUUAUGUCUGCUGCUUUUAUUGUUUACGUCCUUGUAUUUAUUGUGUUCAUGUAAUUGACUGUUCUUUUAUUGUUUGAGUCCUUGUGUUUAUUGUGUACAUGUUAGGGACUGUUUUUCUGUUUGGUUAAUAAAGCAUAAUGGUGAUAAUCAACUCAGAGGAUCCACUGAAUGUUGUCUGUGUUCAGCAGAGGAUCAGUUUACACUUUAAGGUCGGGGUUCACUGAAUAAAAAGCACAACAGCGGCUUUGUCUACCCUACAAGGUCUGUAGUAUCUGUAGGUCUGUAGUCUCUGUAGUCUCUGUAGGUUUGUAGUCUCUGUAGGUCUGUAGUCUCUGUAGGUCUGUAGUCUUUGUAGGAGGUCUGAAGUCUCUGUAGAAGGUCUGUAGUCUCUCUGUAGAAGGUCUGUGUAGAGCUGUAGUCUCUGUAGAAGGUCUUUAGGGUCUCUGUGGAAGGUCUGUAGUCUCUGUAGGUCUAUAGUCUCUGUAGGUCUGUAGUCUCUGUGGAAGGUCUGUAGGAGUUCUGCAGGUCUCUGUAGAAGGUCUGUAGUCUCUGUAGAAGGUCUGUCUCUCUGUAGAAGGUCUGUAGUCUCUGUAGAAGGUCUGUAGUCUCUGUAUACGGUCUGUAGUCUCUGUAGGUCUGUAGUCUCUGUAGAAGGUCUUUAGUCUCUCUGUAGAAGGUGUGAAGUCUCUCUGUAGGGCUGUAGUCUCUGUAUAAGGUCUUUAGGGUCUCUGUGGAAGGUCUGUAGUCUCUGUAGGAGUUCUGUAGGUCUCUGUAGAAGGUCUGUAAUCUCUUUAUACGGUCCGUAGUCUCUCUGUAGAAGGUGUGAAGUCUCUGUAUGCCGAACUUGGAGGUGGAAGAGGCAUUGAUGUGCAUCUUUAACCACAUAGCCGGUGGGUUGGUCCCAGGUGACUGCAUCACUGCAUGGAACAUAUCCACUGGGUUCAGAGGUCAAAGGGCAGAGCUCUGAAUCCCCAGGAGGAGAGCUAUGAGGGUCGUGUUGUAGCGCUCCGGUUCAGAACAAGUGGAGAACCUGGCGUUCUUGGGAAGAAAAUGAACAAAAAAAUAAAGAAUAAAGAUUCUGAAACCCUAAACCCUCUGAAUACUGAGUGACAUCACGUUACAAUGGUUGUAAGCUCUGCUGCUUUGAUAAGACCAGCGACGCGGGAAGUGGGGGUGCUUAGGGUGCUGCAACACCCCCCCCCUGGCGGCCCCUGGCUGUAACUGCAAGUGAGAAAGUUUUCUGAACAAAUCAAUACUUUUAUUUAUUUUUGUAUAAUUUUAUCAUACAACAUGAUUUUUCAUUAAAUUAUUGACAUCCACCCUUUUUAUGAUAUUUAUGAUAUGAUCGUUUCAUUUUAUUUAGAACAUUGUCUGUGUAGGCUGACGUUGGCUAUGACGCACAACGCAGAACUGUCCACAGCUGAACAUGGUGCUAUGCUGAUUUUACAUAAGCAUGUUGGUGUUCAACAUCUGUUGUAGAGAACAUUCUAAAACUGGUGUAAAAUGUUGCUGCCAUAUUAAUAGACACGUUGAAUGUUAUCGUUUUGAUUCUGGAAUCCCGCGCGUAAACUGGUUGGCAAAAAAAGAGCAAAGACGGACGGUUCACUUGACGGAGAAACCGUCACUUUCCUCAUAUCAGCCAACUCGUAACUCUGGAUGAAAAUUAAGGCUUUCUUUUAUUGUCACUUUCCUUUGUAAACCUUUAGAAAUAACCUCCUGAAGCUGUGUAUAAUUCCGGACCGCAACGGCUUGUCGGCAUGUUGUUAGUGUGUGAAAUUCAGCACAGUAUCAGCCGAGUUGACUCUAAUUUCCACAUUGUUUACUUGCUAACGUUUGUGAAUAACAGUGGCUAGUUGGCAGAACUCUUUUUGGACACCAGUAGAGUGUUUAUCAGAGCGGAGGCCUGAAUGUGACGUCACCCGUCAUCCCUUCUCUGUAAACAAUGGAUGUUGCGCAGCAUUUAUUAUGACGUCAUUAUAUAGACUCUCUUUCAGCACCCCCCCCUCGGACUGACUUACCGCAUGCCUGGUGUUACCCCCUAUGUUUUAUUCGAUACAUUUCGACGGUGUUUCCCCUUAUGGGUUUUUCAUGACGAUGGAUAAAAAAAACGACAGUGUUACCCUUCACGUUUAUUUGAUUAAAACGACAGUUUUACCCCUUAGGUUUUUUUUCCCAUGAUGACUGAUGAAAAACAACAGCAUUACCCCUUAUAUUUUAUUUGACAAGGAACUUUUUUUUUUUUUUUCAAAUAUGUUUUUCUUCAUGAUGACCAAAAAAAUACGACAGUGUUACCCCUUAUAUUUUAUUUGACAAAGACAAGAGUGUUACCCCUUAGGUUUUUUUUCCCAUGAUGACUGAUGAAAAAAAACAGCAUUACCCCUUAUAUUUUAUUUGACAAGGACAAUUUUUUUUUUUUUUCAAAUAUGUUUUUUUUCAUGACGACCAAGAAAGAACCACAGUGUUACCCCUUAUGUUUUUUUCAUGACGACCAAUAAAAAACCACAGUGUUACCCCUUAUGUUUUUUUUCAUGACUACCAAUAAAAAACAACAGUGUUACCCCUUAUGUUUUUUUUCAUGACGACCAAUAAAAAACAACAGUGUUACCCCUUCAGUUUUUUUUCAUGACGACCAAUAAAAAACAACAGUGUUACCCCUUAUGUUUUUUUUCAUGACGACCAAUAAAAAACAACAGUGUUACCCCUUACGGUUUUUUUUAUCACGACCAAAGAAAAAUGACAGUGUCACCCCUUAUGUUUUAUUUGAUAAAAACGACAGUGUUGCCCCUUCUGUUUUUUUUCCCAUGAUGACUGAUGAAAAACAACAGUAUUACCCCAUAUAUUUUAUUUGAGAAGGACAAUUUCAUUUUUUUUCAAAUAUGUUUUUUUUCAUGACGACCAAUAAAAUAUGACAGUGUUACCCCUUAUUAUUUUUUUCAUGAUGACCAAUAAAAAACAACAGUGUUACCCCUUAUGUUUUAUUUGAAAAAGACAAGUGUGUUACCACUUAUGUUUUUUUUCAUGACGGCCAAUAAAAAAGGACAGUGUUACCCCUUAUGUUUUUUCAUGACGACCAAUAAAAAACAACAGUGUUACCCCUUAUGUUUUUUUUCAUGACGACCAAUAAAAACGGACAGUGUUACCACUUAUGUUUUUUUUCCCAUGAUGACUGAUGAAAAACAACAGUGUUACCCCUUAUGUUUUAUUUGAAAAAGACAAGUGUGUUACCCCUAAUGUUUUUUUUCAUGACGACCAAUAAAAAACAACAAUGUUACCCCUUUAUAUUUUUUUCAUGACGACCAAUAAAAAACAACAGUGUUACCCCUUAUGUUGUUUUUCAUCACGACCAAAUAAAAGCGACAGUGUCACGCCCCAUGUUUCCUUUGAUAAAAACGACAGUGUUACCCCUUAUAUUUUAUUUGACAAAGACAACAGUGUUACCACUUAUGUUUUUUUUUCAUGACGACCAAUACAAAUGGACAGUGUUGCCCCUUAUAUUUUUUUCAUGACGACCAAUAAAAAACAACAGUGUUACCCCGUAUGUAUUUUUUCAUGACGACCAAUAAAAAACGACAGUGUUACCCCUUAUGUUUUUUUUGAUAAAAACCGACAGUGUUACCCCUUAUGUUUUUUUUGAUGACGGCCGAUAAAAAACGACAGUGUUACCCCUUAUGUUUUUUUUGAUGACGGCCGAUAAAAAAAGACAGUGUUACCCCUUAUGAUUUUUUUGAUGACGGCCGAUAAAAAACGACAGUGUUACCCCUUAAGAUUUUUUGAUAAAAAACGACAGUGUUACCCCUUAUGUUUUUUUUGAUGAUGGCCGAUAAAAAACGACAGUGUUACCCCUUAUGUUUUUUUCGAUAAAAAACGACAGUGUUACCCCUUAUGUUUUUUUUGAUGACGGCCGAUAAAAAACGACAGUGUUACCCCUUAUGUUUUUUUUGAUGACGGCCAAUAAAAAACGACAGUGUUACCCCUUAUGUUUUUUUUGAUGACGGCCGAUAAAAAACGACUGUGUUACCCCUUAUGUUUUUUUUGAUAAAAAACGACAGUGUUACCCCUUAUGUUUUUUUUGAUGACGGCCGAUAAAAAACGACAGUGUUAACACUUAUGUUUUUUUUCAUGACGACCAAUAAAAAACGACAGUGUUACCCCUUAUGUUUUUUUUGAUAAAAAACGACAGUGUUACCCCUUAUGUUUUUUUUGAUGACGGCCGAUAAAAAACGACAGUGUUACCCUUUUUUUUUUUUGAUUACGGCCGAUAAAAAACGACAGUGUUACCCCUUAUGUUUUUUUUUAUGAAAAACGACAGUGUUACCCCUUAUGUUUUUUUUGAUGACGGCUGAUAAAAAACGACAGUGUUACCCCUUAUGUUUUUUUUCAUGACGACCAAUAAAAAACGACAGUGUUACCCCUUAUGUUUUUUUUGAUGACGGCCGAUAAAAAACCACAGUGUUACCCCUUAUGUUUUUUUUGAUAAAAAACGACAGUGUUACCCCUUAUGUUUUUUUUGAUGACGGCCGAUAAAAAACAACAGUGUUACCCUUUAUGUUUUUUUUGAUGACAGCCGAUAAAAAACGACAGUGUUACCCCUUAUGUUUUUUUUGAUCACGGCCGAUAAAAAACGACAGUGUUACCCCUUAUGUUUUUUUUGAUGACGGCCGAUAAAAAACGACUGUGUUACCCCUUAUGUUUUUUUUGAUAAAAAACGACAGUGUUAUCCCUUAUGUUUUUUUUGAUGACGGCCGAUAAAAAACAACAGUGUUACCCCUUAUGUUUUUUUUCAUGACGACCAAUAAAAAACGACAGUGUUACCCCUUAUGUUUUUUUUGAUGACGGCCGAUAAAAAACGACAGUGAUACCCCUUAUAUUUUUUUUGAUAAAAACCGACAGUGUUACCCCUUAUGUUUUUUUUGAUGACGGCCGAUAAAAAACGACAGUGUUACCCCUUAUGUUUUUUUUGAUGACGGCCGAUAAAAAACGACAGUGUUACCCCUUAUGUUUUUUUUGAUAAAAAACGACAGUGUUACCCCUUAUGUUUUUUUUGAUGACGGCCGAUAAAAAACGACAGUGUUACCCUUUUUUUUUUUUUGAUUACGGCCGAUAAAA